AGGGCUGCUCCCAUCUGGAGCUUCUGUUGUUUCCUUUGAUGAACCGUUGGCUGUUUUCCUGGCGUCCAUCUUUAAACUUUAGCCCCCCUCCCUGUGAGGUUGGAUCCUGUCCUUCAGCUCCUCGGUAGCCCCCACCCCACGCGCUGCACCUGUCAGCUAGGUACGAGCCUCGCGCCAAUCACGCGCCUCGGCAGUUUCUGUCCAAGAUGGCGGCUUCCAGUGCGCCGCUCUGCCCAUCCUCGCAGCGGAGCGACAGGUACGGCCUUGUUUGUGGGUCUCCCCGGGACUGAGCAGAGCCAGCUGAGCGGAAGCAGACCCCCCCACCGCCGCCUUCUUGUUUGAUGGUACCGGAGCCGCUGAGGGGGGGCGAUCCUGCCGACUAUGGCCACCGACAACCGGAUCCAUUUCUGGAGGAGGAACGCCAAGGUUCCCGGAAGCGUGCAGCCGGUUUAUGGAGCGCAGCAUCCACCUCUAGAUCCUCGCUUGCGACGGACGUACCCAAAGGACACUAAGCCCAAGUUCAAUAACCUGAAGUCUAAGAAAGCCUGCAGCUUCCAGGAGUUUGCCUGCAGCACCAACGAUGCUUGGGACAUUGAUGAUGAGGAGGAUGGACAUUUCAGCGGGACUCCUUUCUCAGCGGCUCUCCCCCCUUCAGGCCAGGAGUCAACCUCAUCUCUUCACAGCCAGAAACUAAGGCCGCAGGCAGAAAGGCCCGACAGGAACGAAGCUCCCCAUCCCCAGCAGGACCAUCCCUCUGACUGUCCGCACGUCAACGGGACGUUUGGAAAGUCUUGCAGUGACGCAGACCUCAGCUCAUCCUCAGCAGUUCGCUCUCCUCUGCAGAAGCAGCAGUCGCUCCCAGUCCGUCCCAUCAUCCCACUGGUGGCUCGCAUCUCCGAUCAGAACGCCUCGGGGGCUCCGCCCAUGACGGUGCGGGAGAAAAGCCGGCUGGAUAAGUUCAAGCAGCUGCUGGCCAGUCCCAACACCGACCUAGAAGAACUGCGGAAACACAGCUGGUCAGGAAUACCCAGAGAAGUCCGGCCAAUCACGUGGAGACUCCUCUCCGGAUACCUGCCAGCCAACAAGGAGCGCAGGGAGCUGGUUCUGACAAGAAAGCGAGAAGAAUACUUUGGAUUCAUAGAGCAGUAUUACCACUCCAGAACAGACGAGCACUAUAAAGACACCUACAGACAGGUAUGUUCUCCUCUGAGUGCUGAGAAGGCAGCAGAUUACAGCUGUGAACCAUUCUCUGCUCUGCUUUUCUGUUCCCAUCAGAUCCACAUCGACAUUCCCAGAACCAACCCCCUCAUUCCGCUGUUCCAGCAGCCGGCGGUCCAAGAGGUGUUUGAGCGGAUCCUCUUCAUCUGGGCCAUCCGCCACCCGGCCAGCGGCUACGUCCAGGGGAUCAACGAUCUGGUCACGCCAUUUUUUGUCGUCUUCUUGUCCGAGUUUGUCACGGAGGAUGUUGAGAACUUCGACGUUGCAGCUCUGCCUCUGGAGACCCAGAGGAACAUCGAGGCCGACAGCUUCUGGUGCAUGAGCAAACUGCUGGAUGGCAUACAGGAUAACUACACCUUCGCCCAGCCGGGGAUCCAGAACAAGGUGAAAGCCCUGGAGGAGCUGGUCGGCCGGAUCGAUGUGGACAUUCACAAUCAUUUCAAGAAAUAUGAGGUGGAGUACCUGCAGUUUGCUUUCCGCUGGAUGAACAACCUGCUGAUGAGGGAGCUGCCGCUUCGCUGUACCAUCCGCCUCUGGGACACCUACCAGGCUGAAGCUGAAGGUUUCUCCCAUUUCCACCUCUAUGUCUGUGCUGCGUUUCUCAUCGAGUGGCGCAAAGAAAUCCUCUGCAUGGUGGACUUUCAGAGCCUCCUGAUGCUUCUCCAAAACCUCCCAACCAUCCACUGGGGGAACGAAGAGGUGGGCCUCCUCCUGGCAGAAGCUUAUAGACUGAAGUACAUGUUUGCAGACGCUCCCAGCCACUACAAGAGGUAGACCGCCUGCCCUGGAAGGGCCGCCGCAGUAUUUGGGUCUGACCUAACCCGGCAGCGGAGCGGACCGCCGAACGUCAGGCUGGGAAGACGAAGUCUGCGGAAUAUCAGCAGGAUUUAGGAUGGAGCCACGGAGCAACAGGAAGGACUUUCUGAAGCUGCAUCAGAGGCUGUUACAGGAUGGCGCCAUCUUUCAGCG